UGAGACAUCACUAUGUCUCAUAUAUUGUGUUUAAUGAUUUAACAAAUAAGUAGUAAAAAAUUGAUUGGUUUACACAUAAGCGAUAAAAUAAAAUCAUAAAAUAAAAUAAAUUUACAUGGGAAUAUAAUAACACUAUUUCGUUAGUGUAACAAUUAAAAUUUGUUAUACUACCCAAAAAUUUCAGACCAUUUUCUAUGAACUAUACUUUAGCAUAAAAAGUGUGUGUAUAAGAACAACGAAUGACAUGUUCUGCAAAGUAUACAUAUGAUUUACUUAAUUGUCAUUCAUGCGAUAUAACAAUUGGUAUAUGUAGGGCGCUGUAAAAAUUACAAAGUGUACGAACCACAAGUGAAUUAGAUUCUACCGUAUUUUAAACGGUAUUUGCAUUAAAUAGUAGAAUUGGUAUUAUCUACACCAUUUUGAACCGCAAGUACUAAAUUUUGUGAACCUACAUUAAUUUUAUUCUACGAUAAUGGCACUCAAUGAAAAUCAUAAAAACGAAGGGUCAGCUGAAAUCGAAGGAGAAAACGGGAAUGAUGGAAACGAUGAAUCAGAGAAGAUUCUUAUUAUAGAUCCUGAUAGUGAAGAACUAGAUUUCAAUCAUUCAAGGUUGACAAAAUUAGAGAAUUUAGAACCAUUAUGGAAAAUACGCAAAUUGUGUUUUACAUGGAAUUUAAUUAAAAAGAUUGAAAAUCUUGAUACACUUACAACAUUAGUUGAACUAGAAUUGAGGGAUAAUCAGAUUAUCACAAUAGAGAAUUUAAGUGCUCUUGUAAAUUUAGAGCUUUUAGACCUAUCUUUUAAUCGAAUUAAAAAGAUAGAAGGAUUGGAAAAUUUAUUGAACUUGCAAAACUUAUACUUGUCAUCUAAUAAGAUUCAGUGCAUUGAAAAUUUGUCACAUCUAAAAAAUUUAAAAACUCUCGAGUUAGGUGACAAUAAAAUACGAGAAAUCUGUAAUCUUGAAGGACUUGAAAAUUUAACAACUUUGUUUCUUGGAAAAAAUAAGAUCACAAAGAUUGAGAAUCUAGGAUCUUUAAAAAAUCUUCAGUUAUUAAGUCUCCAAAGUAAUCGCAUUGUACGAAUAGAAAAUCUGGAAGAAUUAAGGAAACUAGAUCAAUUAUAUUUAUCUGAAAAUGGCAUAACUGUCAUAGAAGGACUGUCGAACUGUGAAAAACUAACUACAUUAGAUUUAGCGAAUAACAAAAUAAAACAUAUUCAAUGUAUCGAUCAUUUGGAAGAUUUAGAGGAGUUUUGGAUAAAUAAUAAUGAAAUCGAAAAUUGGACAAUUAUAAAAAACUUAACUUCUAAUAAAAAGUUACGGACUGUUUAUUUAGAACAUAAUCCUGUUGCUGCAGAUUCAAACUAUAGGACAAAAAUUAAAUUAUUGUUACCAUGGCUCAUCCAACUAGAUGCAACGUUUUGCAGAUGAAUAUGAAAAUGUUACUAAGUAAAUCAUUAAAAAAUAAUGUAUUUCUGUUGACUUUAUCAUUAAUUAUUUUGCAUUAAUUUUAAAAAUCAUUUUGGUAGACAAAAAACAUUAGAAACAUAUUAUGUACUUUAUUAAUAGAAGAUGUAAUAUAAUUAAUAUUUCUUCGGUGAGGAGCACAUUCCUCUCUUUUAUAGUUUACAUUGUAUUAAUAGUCUUAUCGAUAUUGUGAUUUAAUAAUGCAGCUUAAUUACUGCGCUUAGUCGUAAAAGGUACAGAAUUUUGAAUAAAUUAUAUUCAUUUGUAGGAUGUGCUUUAAUUGUUUUGAAAUAUAUAAUAUUGAUCGUUUUCAAUUUCAAUAUCACAGUAAUUCCUUCAAACUAUUUACUGCAUGUGUAAACUAUUAACAUUUUAAUUAAAUUGAAUUUUAUAGUGCUAUACAUACUUCCACUGAAUAAUAUACAAAUCUGGAGUGUAAUUUUGUGUUUAUUGAUGUAUGCAAGAAAUAUAUUAAGAUUGUAUACAUAUAUAUUUGUUAAGUGCCUUACAUUCACUAAAUGUAUUAUUCAAUUACUACUGAAUCAAUUUUAUAAUAUUAAUUAU